AUGGGAACUCGGGUUUCAACAAAGCACAAAUUAAUCAGCCAAUUGGAAAGUGCUGACAGUAUUCUGAGAGAUGUUUUAAAUGCUGUAGCAAAACGGCCGACAGCGUUAAAUUUGGAACCGUUGGUAGAGCUCCUUUUGGAAACAGAUCAGCAGCUAAAAAAUACUUUGAUGGAAGUGGAGACUCAGAAUGAACUACAAAAAAAGAUUGACGCGCUUCGUGCCGACUGUGCGAAAUCAGACAAACAGAUCAUCGCUUGUCAAGUGCAGUUGAGGAAAGCCGAAAUCCUUUUGAGUACUGCUCUCUACUAUUCACGCCAAAAGUUGGACACAAUGGCCACAGCUGUGAAGAAUCCAAUAGAAGUCGAUGAACUGGUUCGUUUUGCCCAUCGUAUCAGCGCAACGCAUGGAGUCAGUGCGCCAGAAAAUUGGGUUCAAGGCGAUCCACGAAGACCGUAUCCAAAUCGAGAAGAAAUCAGACGCGGUUAUUUGGGUCAUUUGGAUGACAACGGGCAAUUCCGAUCCACCUUGUGGGAUGCUUUAGCGGAAACGGCAACUGUUGCAGCAAGCUCGUCCCAUGCCACACCUUCCAGCACAUCUGCUACUGGGAUGAGCACGACCUCCACUCCUGGAAUGAAUCCUGGGUCAAAUCUUCCUCAUAUGCCGAACCAACCGGCAAACUCUGUCACUCAUCAUGGAACGGAUUCACUUGGGUUGUCCAAUUCUCCAAACAUGAUCCUCCCGGGAGUAAAUAUGGUAUCAUCUCCCGUCGCAGCGCCUCCGACAAAUCCUAGUACAUGGACUGGUUCAAACGCUGCCGCAACUUCAGGCACCCCUAGUAGCGCCGAGUUAUCAAGUCCGCAAGCUAGCUCCAAUCGCCCACCAGCUAGUUCACUGUCUGCCAUGUUAGCCGGAUCUGGUGUUGGUGAACCUCACCCGCGUGUCGGUCCAGGAUUGGCACCACCCCCACCUCCGCUACGCACGAUCGCAAGUCAGCCGGUUCUCGGAGGGACCACAGGCAGUCGUAGUGCACCUGGUGUGGGGAAGUUGCCAGGUGUAGGUCAUCGGUCUGCUUAUGCAUUGUCUCCGGGCGUGUCUGUACCUCAGCAACAACAGUCGAUGCACGCCACUUCCCACCCACAAAUUUAUGCUGAACCGCACGCUACCUCAACCGCUUCACCCAAAGCAUAUGCUGUGCAACGCAAACAGACAAAGUAUAAGUCGCAUCAUCCGGAGGACGUGGGCACCAUGUCGUCUGACACGUCGUCUGACUCCUCAAGCGGUGAUGACUGA